GCUGCGAGUCAUAGUCAACUGCUGCCGAGUGCAGGCGCAGCAGCCUCGUUACAAGGAUGGGGCAGAGAAAAAGGCUAUACUCGUCGAGGCCGAAAAGCGCGCAAACGAGGAGCUGGCCUUCUUUCGGGAGAAGGGCGACCGCCGCGGCGAGGCCAUGAUGCUCCUUUGCGGUGCCGAGGCGAUGUUGGAGAGCCGAAGGAUCCCCGAGGGCCGACGUGGCAACAAGAAGCGGCAGGAGGCCCGCGCGGCCGCGAAGCGGGCGCUGGAUACCUUCGCAGAGCUCGGGGAUGCAGCGAACCAGGUGAAGGCCCAUUUCGUGUUGGCGACUGCCUCCCUGGCCCUGAACGACCCGGGUGAGGCGCUAGCCUUUGCCGAGGGCGGUUUGGCACUGGCCCGGCAAGAGCCCGAUCGUCGGCAGGAAGCACGGGCUUUGCAUCUGUGCGCGGUUGCCAUCAGCAAUGGACCGACGGUAAAGGAUGCGCUGGACAAGGGCCUUCGAUACGAACAGGAAGCUCUGGGCAUCCAGAGAAAGUUGGGCACUCCCGGACCAUUAGCCUGGCAGU